AUGGUACUCAAGUUAGGACUCGUCAUAAUGAUCACCCUCGCAAGUUGCGUAGCGCACAAGGGAUAUUCGUAUGUGCGUCCCAACAAGCAGCUGUCUUACGACCGGGGAUACGGUUACGAGGGCCCGCGCGAUCAAUGGUCGAACGACGACGGGAUCUCCGGGACAGCCGGGAAAGAUUAUCCGAUCUUCCACCGAGUUCCGUGGACGCGAUUCGUAUGCGAAUGGAGAUAUCCGGGCUAUUACGCCGACCCUGAGGCCGACUGCCAGGCGUAUCACAUCUGCCAACGUGGCGGCCGUAAGGACUCGUUCCUUUGUCCAAACGGCACGUUAUUCAAUCAGGAGAGACUGGUCUGCACGUGGUGGUACACCGUGGAUUGCUCCCGCGCGCAAAGUUUCUACUCCAUUAACGAGGCGGUUGCAAAAGCAAUGGAGGAAGCUGAUAGACGCAUCAGAAUAGGUGAAAAGAAGCUAUCCUGGAAUUAUCAGCGUGAAUCUAACGAGGACAGAUAUUGGAAUAAGAAUUGGCAGAGUAAACGACGAGGGUGGAACAGAGACAGCGCUCCAAUUCGUCAUAACCAUGAUUUCGGUUUCCCUAAACGACUUCCCAAUGAAACACCUGCGCGUCCUAAGUUUUCCGUUAAAUCUUUGCCGAAGCAUCGACCAACGGUUUACCUGCCUGUGUGAUUUGUAACUGCAGAUCGAAUAACGUUACACAUGCCACUCAUAAUUUUUUAAACAUUUUAU